AUGCUUGGCAAUUGGUCGUUUAACAAUUCUUACUCCAAGGAAGAUGCGUGCAGAUUAGCGUGGUACUUUCUUACGGAUAUCCUAAACAUUGAUCCGUCUCGGUUAUAUGUCACUUACUUCGGUGGCUCAAAAGAAUGGAACCUUGCAGCCGACGAGAACUGCAGGAAAAUUUGGCUGAAAAUUGGGGUGCCUGAAUCUCAUGUUCUGCCGUUUGAAAAGGAAAACUUCUGGGAAAUGGGUGUUACUGGUCCGUGUGGGCCAUCCAGCGAGAUUUUCUAUGAUCGCGUUACCGGACGAAGCGAUGUCGCUCAUUUGGUUAAUGUAGACGAUUCGAUUGUCGAGCUGUGGAAUAUCGUAUUCAUUUCUUUGAACAGGUAG